AUGGCUGUAGACUCACAAGGGCCUACAGACGAAGUAGACAACACUGAAGGCGUCACAGGAUUUGACGCAGUCAGGCCGAACAGCAACUCUGACGGAAAGGCGCAAGACCUAGAACUCUCGAGCAGGCUAACAGAGGCUAAUCUAGCUUUAGUAGACGGACGGGUGCGGCUGAAAGGCAGGGCUGUGGACAUCACGGAACGGCACGGGUUCUUAGGGGAGGACGACAAGUCAAGCGUUCUCUCGAAGGUCACCUCACAGGAAGGCGACCUAGAGCUGUCGGAGCUCUAUAUCUCAUCGGACGCGGAAACUGAGAAGAUGGAGAACAACACAGAGGAAUCAGAUGUACCGAAUCUUAGUUCCUUAGUGGAACAGAUGCCUCCACAACAGGGUUCCAGGACGUAUAUAAAAGAUGCUAAUUCAGGCGCCGAUGACGCGGUACGUGAUCUUCAGGACGUCGAUGCCAGCCUUCCGAACAAAGGGAAAAAGAGACAAUUAGAAGAGGAAGGAGGGUAUACUGGAGAAGAGACAAAAGUGAAUUCUGCCGACGGUGAAGACCCACAAGGCGACGAGCAGAAGUUUAAGAAGCCUCGUCUUCCGAUUUCUUCAGCGGCCGGCCAACUGCCUUCUCUUUCGGGCUCAGAACAGCACAUGGCGACUGAUAUCAUGGAAACAGGACUGGACCCCGCGCAGCCAGAGGAUGAGAACUCCGAGGAUAACGAGGUGGAAGAAGAUGAUGAAGAAGAAGACGAAGACGAAGAAGAAGACGAAGAAGAAGAAGAAGAAGAUAUAGAGGGAAACGCCAACACUAAAGACACCAGCAUAUUCAAGGAAAAGAAGAAGGUACCUGCAGGCGACGACGAAGAAGAAGAAGAGGACGACGAAGAAGAAGAAGAGGAAGAAGAAGAGGAACCAUCACUGAUAGAGCGAGAAAAGCUGCGGCAGGAUGCGCUGAAAGAUAUAAUCGAAAUCGAAUAUGAGUUUGCGGAACUACGGCAACGUCUAUAUGAAAACGAGAUGGCCAAAUUGCAGACCGAACUUCAAAUGUGCCUCGAAGGAUCACAUCCUGCGUUGCAGACAUACUACCAGAAGAUCGACUCUAUCAGAGACUUCAAAUUGAAACGAGCAUACCAAAGGCAAAAGUACGAACUAGAAUGCAUUGACAAGGAAACACGGGCGGUUCGAACGUUUAUACACCAGAAUUUCUACCGACAAGUUUCAGACUUGAAACAUAAACUACUAAAUCAGACUACACAAAAAUGGUAUGACAUGAAUAAGGAAAGACGAGAUAUGGAUAUGUUGGUUUCCGAGAUCGGGUAUCAUGUCCCCGUCAAAAUUGCGAAUAAAAGUCUAAGUUGCAUCACCGGUUAUGCUGCCCCGGCCCAGCUCAAGGGUGAUGGCGAUCCAUUGCCCGAGGACUUGGAGUGUGAAGGAAUAAACUUCAGAUUCAGGAACAACCCUGUGGACAAAUUGGAAGUGAUAGUGGAUAGGAUGAGAUUUAAUAACCAGUUGAGUGACUUUGAGGGGUUGAAGAAGUUCUUUGGUGGUUUUCCCGGUGCUCCCUCGCUCAAUGGCCUCAAGGACUCUGAGAUAUAUGAAGAUAUGCAGAGUCUUCGGGAACAAUAA